CCCCCGGCCCAGGGACUCUCAGACAGCGAGCAGCAGCAGCCGGGGUUAGAUGUUAUCUGACGGCAGGAAGCGGCGACGGAACUGUAACAAUGAAGAAAACCAUUCUGUCCCACCACCGAAACGUCUCAGCAACAGUACAUUGUUGCAGGAUCUACCAAGAGACAGCUGGGACUGUGAGUCCUCAAGCAGUGACAGCAGCAGUAUAGUCAGUAGUCCUGACAGACCGAAUGGACACUUACCAGCUGAAGCCAAUACUAAAUCAGGCAACAGCUCGACUACGCUUCCGUUUUCUGAUUCGAACGAACAGUCUGCACAAGGCCCGUACUUUCAAAUCAAUCAGAUCCUGAGGGAGGCACACUUCUAUAGCUUACAUCAGCGUGGACACCAAACGUGACCAGAAUGUGGGACUGUGUGCCUUCAAUGAAGGACAGGGACUGUAAAUGUAAUCUUUUGGAGUGGAUGUUUGUACUUAGAUGAUUUAAAUUGCACAAUCUUUUCCCUUUUUUGCUCCAUUUGGUUAAAAGUUUAACAUCUCUUCACUUUUUAAAUGCCCUUGAACAAAUGUAAUAUCAAAAUUGUGCGGGCUAUAAUGGCACAACUGUAGCCUUGAUUGCUUCAUUUACCCCAUUUGGCACCAUUCUAAUUUACUAAUCUGUUCAUUAUGGAGUUCAUCUGCAAAUAAGCAAAGUCCUCCAGUGAUGUUGCAACAGACGUUCUUGAAGAAACAAGAAGAAAAUGGCUACUUUUCAAACACAGUAAGGUCAACUUGGUCCAAAAACGUUUUUGCAUUCCACUGAAUUUUAAGUGAUGUGUACCUGGAUUACGACCAGCUUGUCUUUUAAAAUGAUCUUAACUGUAUUAGGCUUACAACGGUUUCCUUGGUAUUUUACAACCUGUUUUUCUUUGAGACUCUAAUACUAUAAGCUGAAAAUUUCCACUUAUUGUGAAAUUGGAUUGCCAUUCAGAGACCGAAGCAGAUACAGGAGUGGAAUUUCUAUAAUUAUUUGAGUAAAAAAUGAAUGCCUCUGCAGAUCUAGGCUCUAUAUUUGGAGUUUUUUAAAAAAUCUGUCUUCAUUCCAAAAUUCAUUUAACUAAAAAUAUGUCAAAAAGGGUUGUGUCAAUCUAGGUUUCCGUACUCUUUUAUGUUGUGUUGGGUCUGCAUUUGAUACAAAUCCUAACUUGUACUAACCCUGAACAAUAUUGCUUAAAGGUUUUCUUUAAAUUAUGCCUCCAGUUAUAAGCAGAUUAUAGAUAUUUAUGUUUUGCCAGUUUCACAUGCAGAUGUGAUUGGUGUAAGACAUUCAGCCAUCAAGAGCUUCCUCAGUGACUAGCUAAGCUGCACAGACCAUAAAGGUUUCAGUUGUGAUCCCUGGUGUACAUUGUUAAUUUUCUCAGAUGGGGCAACCGUAUAGAGAAUCUAUAUUGGAAAUGUCCAUGUGGGGACAGAUUCAGGCAAAAACAGCACAAGGUUCAGUCACAGUGAUCCUUGUGUUCAAAUUAGUUGCUGACAACUAGAUGUGUCAGAGGAUGCCUUUGGAACUGUAUCCUACCUUGGAGUAACACUUCUAGGACAAUGUGAGAGUAGUCACAAAAGGAAAGAUAAACUUUUCUAUUUUUAAUUAAUUUUUAUCCAAUCAUAACAAUAUAAACAGGUAUGACACAGUCAAUGACAUUCCUAAUUACUCAAACCUCAGGGUGCACAUGCCUGACUCUUGAUUUGGAAUGGGGUUGGGAAUUUGUUCUUUGUCAGGGAUUUUUUUAAACUUAUUCUAGAGUCUGAAAUUAUAUUUUAUUUGUAAGCCUAAAGAUACCAAGUUUAACCUUCAGAAGUGAGUUUAAAAUUAUUGUAACUUGCGUUCAGUAAAAUCAAUGAGAUCAUUUGAAAUGCAAUCAAGAAUACAGUGUGGAAGCCCAUAGUACAUGAACAGAAUCUUUCAUAAAAUCUUCAAGGUAUGUGCUUUUCUAAGCAACAACUGUUAAAUUUUUAUAUACCACUUGCACUGAAGAUCACAUUCAGUUUGGAGCACUGACAGGAUAAGAUUCCUGACAAUUUUCUCUUAAGUUGUCCAUUUCUGGCUGGUUGUGGAAGCAGCUUGGCUCUGCUUAAAUGUGUGUUCCUAUGACCAGUGAUUUGCUGAGAAAUAAAUCCCAUCAAUUUGAACCUUUUUAUGGUUUGUGGGUUUUACAGUCCAAUUGCACUCAGUUUUAUUCUUAAUAUCACUGAUCAAUUUCAGUCAACAAUUAACUUUACAUUUGAGCUGCACUUUAUCUCCAAACUAAAUUCGUGUUGAUGAGUAAUUGUGGAAUUACUCUUCUGGACUACAGGUAAAGUUCUAUUUUGGUACCUGUUGUUUUAAUUUAUGGAAGUGAAAACUUCUUCUGUUGGUAGAUCUGCACUUCACAGUUGUCUUUAUGAACAUCUAGGAUCGGAUUGCAACAAACAACUGGGACAUCAAAAAAUUGCAGCCAAUUUAUUUUCCAGGAGUAUUUUUAGAAAUACUGUAAUUCAUUACAUCACACAGUGAGUCCAGUACAAUUCUAUGCCUGUAGUUCCUUUUAAUCAUAUAACUGAGUAGCUGCGAAAUAGAAGCCAUGAACAUCACAGCAAACUGCUAAAAAUAAGAAUAUUGUUUUCUGUAUUUGAAAUGUUAUAAUCUUUUUCAAAUUACAUUCCAUUUUCUUUGCUAUGAAGCAGAACAAACAGGAAAAUUAUACUCUUUCUAACUCACUGAAUUUUACAUGGGUAGGUCAUUGAUGCAGCUCAGUAGUAUAAUAUGUGGAGGGUCACAGCUGAAGAAGCAGGCAAUACGAUGAGUCGUGUGCAUUUCAACUUUAAAAUGGAAUUUACUUGCUGACAACAGUUCCUAGUGGAUAGUAAGGCACAGGUUACAUUUUAACCUGGUUUGUUUACAUCAGCCAAGUUAUGAUUUUUGAAACCAUCAGCUUUGAACCAGAGAGGAUAGUUUGGUUUUUUUUUGUUUGCCUUCAACCAACUUACUUAUAGUGGAGUUUGCAGUUUAGAGUUCAAAUUUAGUGUUCUGAGUUAAAAAUGAAUUUGCUUGACAUUUAAAGUAUUUUAAAAAUCAUGGCUGUUCAAGAUCUCAAACAUAUUG